AUUGGCUAACCGCCAGCGUGCAUCAGGCCACAGAGUGUGCAGCUGCAAAAAUGUCUGUGUGGUGUUUGCAUUCACAACUGCAUCGUUUAUUAACCUCAUAGUUGCACCCCCAACAAGAAAACAGCCUUUUGAUAACUGCUGCUGCUUCUAUCAUCAGCCCGAAGGUCCAGAAGCUUUUAUGUGACAGCCAGUGGGCUGGAAGGAAUGACAGCAGAAGUCAUGGCGUCCGAUUAGGCUGGCUGUGUGUUGGAGGGUCACAGUGUGAGAAUAAUGUCGUCCAGCAACCGAGAGCUGGUGGAGUUCUUUUUAAGCCACAGGCUGUCUCAGAGGAACCAUCCGUCCUCCCUGCUGAGACCGCAGGAUGCACGGCAAAGGACCGAGGAAGACCAGGCCAGCUCAUCGGCCAGCAAUGGCUCGGUGUUCAGCGGCAGUGCUGGGCGGUCCCAGUCUCCACGCGCCGAAACUGACCCUGUGAAGUCUGCCCUUCUGGACUCCGCCGACGAGUUCGAACUUCUCUUCAAGCAAGCUUUCAGCGAUCUUUCCUCGCAGCUCGACAUCACUCCCGACACGGCCUACCACAGCUUCAAGAGCGUGAUGGACGAGGUCUUCAAGGAUGGCGUCAACUGGGGGCGUAUCGUAGGCCUGUUUGCCUUCGGCGGCGUGCUGUGCGUGGAGUGUGUGGAGAAGGACAUGAGCGAGCUGGUGUCACGCAUUGCAGACUGGAUGACCAUGUACCUGGAUGAGAACAUCAAUUUCUGGAUUGAGAGCCAGGGGGGAUGGGAAUACUUCGCUGAGAUUUUCGGGCGUGGCGCUGCUUCAGAGGCGAGGAGAUCCCGGGAGAAGAUGACGAGGUGGCUGCUAGUUGGGGUGGCGCUGCUAGCGGGAGUGCUGAUCGGCGUGGGCAUCGCUAAGAGACAGUGAAGGCGCUGCUCCCCGCUCGUCACGGCACGCCCUGUGUCACGCUACGUCAACAGAAGUAAAACUAAAUAGUUAAUGUUUACAAAAAACAACAACAACAAAAAAAAGCCCAGUCUGCUUAUGCACUGACAGGAUGUGGAAUGCUGAAGCAGUCGGUGGGAGCAUCCAUCAUAUGUAGCUUGGUGAGCUGGUAUACGUCUCACCCCGCUUUGUCCAGUGUCUUUUUUUUUUUCCUUUUUUAAACACAUGGCAGAGUAUUUAAAGGGCGUUCGUCUCCAGACUGGAAGUGCUUUAAAUGAACCCGAUAAGCUACGAAACAGUGGAACAGAUUCAGCUGGUUUGAUGAGCCUGCUUGUUUUUAUUAUUUUUUUUUUUUUGUCUUUUUGUGCGUUACCCGAGGACCAAUUUUUAUGACUUACAAACUGACAGAGUUUUAUUUCCUUUUCACUGUGUAAUUUUCAGCUCCUUUUUUUGGCUGUACCAGAAGCAUGCUUCAGAAAUAAAUAUAUUUAUGUUUUUUU